AUGAUCCAUCGCUGGGAAUUGAAGCUAGCGCUCCACCGGUCGUGCAACUUCUCCAACACGCGCAACCUAGUACCUGUGGAGCUCCAAUUGCUGGCCAUCUGUCGAUUUCCUGCAACAACCACUCAAACAGCGUUCACCAACGAUUGGAACCAAGGCACCGACCGAACCAUCCGUUGUAUUCCCAACACUACCGCCCCCCUACCGCUUGCUACCCUUUCGCCACCAUCGACGGAAGGACCACCGAAAAAUCCCACUCCGACCUUCCCUCUACCAGCGACCAAGCACAAGAGGCGAGCUCACUGCUGCGAUCUCCAACAUACCAUCCGAUUGCAACCAAAUCAUCUCCAACCGGUUCUCGCUUCAAACGCCGUUGAAGCGCCCCCGACGACAGUCUUCACCACCGGUGACAUAGUAAAUCAGAGCCGCCGGUAA